UAUUUUCUUUCCAAUUUUGAGUGACAGAAUUAGGUUAAGUUUUGAAUGUUCAUUUAAAGGCUUUGGAAUGGCAGGAUAUAAUUACUUUAAAAAGAACAUAUUACUUGCAAUAAUAAUUUAAUUUAAUUUGUCCUAAAAUUUGUUAUGAUUUAUUUCUUCCCAUAAAAACCAACCAUAUUAGUGAGUAAAGCUGGCACUAGACUACUAGAGACGAAGGCGGAGGCAAAAAAGUUAAAAGUUGAAUGCAAAAGAUAGAAAGCGGGAAACACGUGAGAUCAAACCACUCGCCCCACCAACCCAAAUUCAAAGCCAUAGCUGAGUCGUUGGGCUGCCUCACUCACUACUCUGCGUUCUCAAAAAUUCACAAAAAUGUGGCAAGUUCUCUUGGCAGCUGCAGUCGCAGGAUCAGGGAUCUUUGCUAAAAACCUCUUUUCCAACAACAAUGCCGAUCCCACCGUUUCACCACCACCGCCUCAGGCGGAACUUCAAACACAUGACAAAUGUGAUCAGAACCACCAGCAACGAUCUUCUUCUCGUUCAGCCUCAAAGGAGGUUAGUCAAUCGAAUCAGAGUGGAGUUGUUGGAGAAGCUGAGGAGAUCUUUAGGUUUUCCAGUUCCGGUGUUUCGAAAAAACCGAGGACCAGACCUCGUGGAUUCAAGAAGAAGGUUGAAGUCGAGGGAAUCUCUCUUUCCUUCAAGAAGAGGAGGACCGGCAAGGCUGCUUCUGUAAAGUCAUCUACAGAUGGCUCAAGUUUUGUUUGGGGACUUGGCGUUGGAAUGAUGUACAUGAUGUCAGCUGGGAAAGCCGAAAUCAGUAAGCUGAACACAAGCAUGGAUGAGACUGCAAAAGUAGUUCAGGAAUUAAAGACUGAACUUUACAAAAGAAAAUCAUCACGUAAUUUGCAAGUUUCAAGUUUUUCAAGUGAAGCAGACACUAGUCCAAAGAAAAUUAGAGGCAAGCAUACUGCACAAGUGCUUGCUAAGUCAAGUACUGGAAACCAAGAUCCUAAUGAGAUCAAUAUUUCUUCUUUUCCUGUAAUUGAUGAUGGUGAAUAUGCAAGUAGUGUUCUUACUGAAGAGCCACGGCCAGAGGUGCUUGAAAUGGAUCAACUGGAAGCAGAGCUUGAGUCUGAACUGCAAAAACUUCCUUCUUGUGCCACAGAUGCUCCUGACUGUGAAGAAAUAAGACCAGAUUUGGGUGACACUCGAGAAGUUUCAGCCAAAGGGUUUCAUGAACUGGAAGGUCAGAAUUCCAAUUCUUAUCAGUUCCAUGGUGUGUUGCCAGCUGAACUGGAUCAGAAACUGUGCCAUGUGCUCAUCGAACAGCAGGAAAAUCAAAUUGUGGAUCUGGAGUCUGAACUGCACUUGGCCCAGUCCAAACUACAUGAAAAGGAAGCAGAACUCCAAGCACUGAAAGACUGCGUUAAACGCCUAACUGAAUUCUCUCUGUCAACUGUCUCAGAUGAUGAAGCUGAAUCACAAGUGGAACAAAAGAGGCUCAUCGAUGGGAAUUCCAAUAACGACACUGGAAAUGGCUCAAAACGAUCAGCCGUUGGGAUGAAAAGGGCCCUUGAUUCUGAAGCAUCCGGUUACUAUGUAAAAUGACACUUAUCUGCAGUGAUUCCUGAUUGACUUUAGCGGGCCUUCCUGCAUCUGCCUCGAUGGUCAAGCUCAUUUUCGAGUGCCAGAAAGGGGCCUGAAACCUUGGUUGACUUUUUGUUUCCCUGUGGGUUGAGAAUAUGGCUCACAUGCCCAUUCAACAGGAAAUUACUAGUCGCAUUGAGCGAUCCAGAGGUAGGUUUGAGUUCAGUAGGGAUAGUUUCGGAAAUUAGUAAAAACUACAAAACUGAAAAAAGAAUGAUAACUGUAUGACAUGGUGGCUGUUGCUUGUACAGAAAGAUGUGUAAAAAGAUAGGUGGAGCCAUGAUGGGGCUGUUGUGGGACUGCCCCUUUUUUCCCUCCUGUGAAAAUUCAGAUGACCCCAUUUGAUGUUUGCCACUUCAGAAAAAAAAAAAUAAAAUAAGGAAAGAAAUAAUAUAGUUAGUAGUCUUGCUUUAGCAUUUUUUGGUUGUAGGGGCAUUUCUUUAGUGUCAUAUCCACAGCAACAACCACAGAGCCUUGUAGCCUAGUGGUGCCUACCUGCCUCCUCGUAGGCACUGGGUACUUUUCUAGAGCAUAAAUCCUCUUGUGGGGGUGGAUGGAGCCAAGGAUUGAAAUAACCAACUUAUGGACUAAGGGUUGUGGUUCGUGACAUUAAAAGACGUGACAACACGAAGCAGGUAAAAAUUGGUAAUAUUGAUGAUCUGACCAUACUUAGAAGGUGGCCCAGCCAUCAAAGGAGUACUUGGAGCAAAGACUAGAAGAUGUAAGCAUAAGUUAUUGAUUCAUAUACCACCAUUAAAAAAAAGAAGUCUGAUAAUUGAAAAACCAUGUUCCGAAAACCAGGGAUCUGAGAACGAGUGUGACCACUCCCUGUUAUAGCAAUGAAUGCCAGUUGUGGCUUUCAACGCCUGUGAUUAAGACUGGCAGGGGUGAUAAUAUUAUUUUAAAAGAAAAAUUAGGUCUAGAAAAUCAUGUAAUGAAGUCUUUAAGAACAAGCAGGUUGCUUCUGAACCAAUUGAUGUGGAAAAAUUGGAAGCUCCAAAUCAAUCAAAGCGUUGGUGGUAAUGCCUCAUUUUAAAGAGAUAAAUCCAUGACCAUCCAAUCAUGGAUGGUUGAGUGAGUGAGUG